AUGACCAAGAAUCUAACAGUUCGCAAAAGAAAGAUCAUUCUCAAAAUAAUGCAGCUUGUGGUAGAACACCAGAAGCUAGCCAGUCUACCCAUUAGAAAAAUACCUACGUUUAGUGGCGACCCAUUACAAUUUAAGCCUUUCAUAAGAGCUUUUGAACAUGGCAUAGAAGACAAGACCAUUAAUCCCAAGGAUAGACUCUAUUACUUGGACCAGUACACCAUCGGUGAACCAAAUGACUUGAUAAGAAGCUGUAUUCACAUGAAUCCGGAAAGUGGUUAUGAACAAGCCAGGUCAUUGUUGGAUAAGAAAUUUGGGAACAAAUACAAGCUUGCAGCAGCUUACAUGGACAAAGCCUUGAAAUGGCCAGCUAUAAAGUCAGAAGACAGUGACGCACUUACCAGCUUUUCUAUAUUACUGACAAGUUGUGGAAAUACCAUGGCAGAUAAAGAGUACAUGAGAGAAUUAGAACAUCCCAAAAACCUCAGGGAACUGAUUCAAAAGUUGCCAUACAAAUUAAGAGAAAGAUGGAGGGCAGUUUCAUUUGAUAUCUUGGAAAGAAGAAAUGUCACCUUUGCAGACCUUGUUCGUUUCGUGGAUAGACAAGCACAGAUACUGUCGAGCCCACUGUUUGGCACAAUUGCCGACGACAGACAAGCUCAACCAAAGCCUAACCCGAAAGAAGCACCUAAGAGAUUUAAGAGCUUUGCCACUGAUACAUCGAAAUCUGAAUCGCGAAUUCAUGAGGUGGCAACCAAAGAAACCUACCCUGGUCAGGCAAAAUCAGUAACACAUAGUAAGCCAUUCACAGCACGAGAGAGAGCUUUGAGGGCAUUCGCCAAGCCAUGCUGGUUCUGCGACGAGGAUCACUGUAUGGAAAUGUGCAUGAGACUUCAGUGUAAGACACUGGAUGAAAAAAUUGACUUUCUAAGACCAAAGGGAUUGUGUUUUGGCUGUCUACAGUUCGGACACACAAGUCGCCAGUGCCCCAGCAGAUUGACCUGUCAUAUCUGCAAAAUGAGACAUGCAACGUGUUUCCAUGACAACAAUAAAGAUAAACUAAAGAAGGAAAAGGAUCAGACGAAGCCAAAGGUUGUAACAAACAACAGUUUGGCUACACGUCACAGUGAAGAUCUCAAAGACAUAUGCCUUCCUUGA